AUGAAACCAAAGCGCUCCCUGCUAGGACUUCUAGUCACAUAUUGGCUCUGCUUGUUCGUCGCCCUGCGAGGACCUGGCAACUCUGCGACAAAGGAAUCUGUGACAGACGUCCCAGUCGUCGUCAGCGAGCGCCCCGCGGAGGGAUACGAGUUGAUAGGUCAUCUCGUUGUUAUUCGAGUCUCUAGAUCACGUCAAGAGGAUGGCGGGAGAAAACAUGUUACCGCGCUGGCCACUGCCACGCCGAGCUCCCCGGAGCCAGCGCCAGCUCCCGGCGUCAUCGAGACCGUAGAGGUGUCCGACCAGACGGGUUCGUUAACCCCCUUGACCGACCAGCUCUACGCCAUUAUCGAUCUCUCGGCGUCGCAAGAGACCCUAGCGCCCGAGCGAGAGACUGCGUCGGACCAGAAGGAGUUGGGUACCAAGAAGCCCACCAACGUUUCGAAGAUCAAGACCGAUAACGGCGUGUACAUCUACGCCGAGUCUGCCUCGUUCGCAAAGCAGUCAUCUGAUUGCAAAAUGCCGGCACUGUGA